CCCACCACCCCCCGGAAGACCGGCUCGACAAGGGGCGGGAGCGCGCGAGGAAGAAAGCGGAGGCGGGCUACUGGCGGGUUCGCGCGCGCUGCCGGCGGUCUCGUUAUUUAUUUAUUUUUUUCCACGGCGCGCGGCAGACGGCGGGUCGCCGGCUUGUGUGCGGGCAGCAGCGCGGCGCGUGCGGCGCGUCUGAGCCGAGCUUCACGCUCGCGGCUGCGUCUCAGGGGUGGUGGGGGGGCUAGAGAGAGGCUGCUGCGGGACGGGUCCGUGCGGGCGCCUGGACUCACCCACGCGCGCUUAUCCAGUGAGGCGGGAGGGUCGGAUGAAUGGCCCCGCAAUGGAGGAAGUGCCGGUUUCUCGAGUCCACGCGCGGCGCAGGAAGAGGCGCCUGGCCAAGACGCGGUUUGCGCGCAUCCCUUGCGAGGAGGAGUUCGACUGCAAGGAGCUCGAGAGCCUCUUCCAGAAGUACAAUCUGAAACUCGAGCAGACCGCGACGCUGAAAGCGCUGGCUGUGCUCAUUCUCGCCGCGUCCGCCCUCGCGCUGGUCGAGCUGCUGUCCGCGGGCUCGCGCUUCACCGUCUCCAAGGGCUCGCACCCGGUGCACUGCGUCAUCUUCACCUCGCUCUUCAUCGUCACCAACGUCAAGUACCUGCAGGUGACGCAGCUGCAGCAGAUCGCCCGGCUCGCGCUGCUCUUCAGCUUCACGUUCGCGCUGCUUUGCUGCCCGUUCCCGCUCGCCCUCGGGCCUGGCGCGCAGCAGGGCGCGCACGGCGCACGGGGAGCCGACGCAGCGGGCGCCGCACCCGAGCAAGGUGUGUGGCAGCUCAUGCUUGUCACGUUCGUCGCCUACUCCUUGCUCCCGGUGCGGACCCUCUUGGCCGUAGUGUUCGGUGUGCUGGUCGCCGCGUCGCACUUGAUCGUGACGGUCACGUCUCUAACUGCCCUCAGACCGCGCGUCUGGAGUCCGCUGGUGGCAAAUGCAGUGCUGCUGAUUGGUGUGAACCUGUCGGGUGUAUUCGUUCGAGUCCUUACUGAGCGUGCCCAGAGGAAGGCCUUUCUGCAAGCGAGGAGCUGCAUCCAGGAACGCCUUCAGCUGGAAGACGAAAAUGAAAAACAGGAACGCCUUCUAAUGAGUCUGCUGCCCAGAAACGUUGCCAUGGAGAUGAAGGAGGACUUUCUUAAACCACCAGAAAGAAUCUUCCACAAGAUCUACAUCCAACGGCAUGAUAACGUGAGCAUCCUGUUUGCAGACAUUGUUGGGUUCACCAGUUUGGCCUCACAAUGCACAGCUCAGGAGUUGGUCAAACUAUUGAACGAACUGUUCGGGAAGUUUGAUGAGCUCGCCACAGAAAACCACUGCAGAAGAAUAAAGAUCCUGGGGGACUGUUAUUACUGUGUGUCUGGUUUGACUCAGCCCAAAGCUGACCACGCCCACUGCUGCGUGGAAAUGGGACUCGACAUGAUUGACACCAUUACGUCUGUUGCUGAGGCGACGGAGGUGGAUCUGAACAUGCGUGUGGGAUUGCACACAGGUCGUGUGCUGUGUGGGGUUCUGGGAUUGAGGAAGUGGCAAUAUGAUGUUUGGUCGAAUGAUGUCACGCUGGCGAACAUGAUGGAGGCAGGAGGACUCCCUGGUAAGGUCCAUAUCACCAAAGCCACUCUGGAAUGCCUAAAUGGAGAUUAUGAGGUGGAGCCAGGCAAUGGGCACGAGAGACACGCCUUUCUCAGCAAACACGCCAUUGAGACCUUUUUUAUUGUGCCCUCUCACAGGCGCAAGAUUUUCCCUGGCUUGAUUCUGUCUGAUAUAAAGCCAGCAAAGAAGAUGAAGUUUAAGACGGUCUGCUACCUCCUUGUGCAGCUCAUGCACUGCAGGAAAAUGUUUAAGGCCGAGAUCCCCUUCUCCAACGUCAUGACUUGCGAGGACGACGAUAAGAGGCGAGCUCUACGCACUGCAUCAGAAAAGAUACGCAACCGCACAUCCAUUUCGGGAGUAGCACAGAACUCACCUGGCACACGUGUGAAUCGCUACAUUGGAAGACUUAUUGAAGCUCGGCAAACCGAAUCAGAAACGGCAGACCUCAAUUACAUCACCCUGACCUACAGGAGCAGAGAAAGAGAGCGAACGUAUCAGCAGGUGUAUGAUGACGGCUUUAUCAGCGCUGUGGUGAUCUCUCUCCUCCUCACUUCACUCUUCGCUCUCGUCUAUUUUCUGAUUAUCCCUCAAGGUCUGGUGAUCAUUGUUUUGCUGGUUAUUUGUAUCUGUUUUCAUAUGGCGAGUGUAAUGUACCUUCACAUCACUCAUGUGCAGUGCUCUCCAGACUGUCUUACUCUGCAGAUCAGGACGGUUUUGUGUGGCUUUCUGGUCCUUCUGACGUAUUCGGUGACCCAGGGCUGUGUGGUGGCGUGCAUGCCAUGGUCCUGGCAGGGCAACUCUAGCGUCUCUAUUAUCACGGUUCUCAUAGUGAACAACACGACUGUGAGCACAGGUGUGUGCAAAUACACUCCGUACGUGUUCUUAUCUUGCGUGAUGGCAUUGCUAUCCAUGGCUCUCUACCUGCGCGUGUCAUCGCUACCCAAGAUUCUCUUGCUUCUCCUCCUCAACGUCCUCCAUACCGUUGUCAUGGAGACCAGCGGUUAUCGGCAGGCUGUGGGAGGAGGGUUCUUUCACACACAUGGGUAUGAUCCUGUUCUGGCUAUGCUCCUCUUUUCUGGAGCAAUGAUACUCCACUGCAGACAACAGGACCUCAAACUGCGACUUGACUACCUUUGGGCCACACAGGCUGAAGAGGACAAACAUGACAUGGAGAAGGUGAAGCUGGACAAUAAGAGGAUUCUCUUUAACCUGCUCCCUGCCCAUGUGGCCCAACACUUUCUCCAGUCUAACCCACGCAACAUGGAUCUGUACUAUCAAUCCUACUCUCAGGUGGGCGUCCUGUUCGCCUCCAUCCCAAAUUUCAAUGACUUCUACAUUGAGCUGGAUGGAAACAACAUGGGUGUAGAGUGUUUGCGGCUCCUCAAUGAGAUCAUCGCGGAUUUCGAUGCACUGCUGGAUAAAGAGUGUUUUAAGGACAUUGAGAAGAUUAAAACUAUCGGCAGCACUUACAUGGCAGCAGCGGGCCUUGUUCCUACCACUGGUUCUAAGGCCAAGAAGUCCAUUUUUGAACAUUUAUGCACGGUGGCCGACUUUGCCAUAGAGAUGUUCAAAGUUCUAGAUGCGAUAAACUACCAGUCAUACAACGAUUUUGUGCUUCGAGUGGGUAUUAAUGUAGGUCCAGUGGUUGCAGGAGUGAUCGGUGCUCGUAGGCCUCAGUAUGACAUCUGGGGAAACACAGUGAAUGUGGCGAGCAGAAUGGACAGUACAGGAGUACAAGGGAAAAUCCAGGUGACCGAAGACGUCUUCCGCCUCCUCUCUGGCCAUUACCGCUUUCUAUGCCGCGGUCAGGUCAGCGUGAAAGGCAAAGGCCAAAUGCUCACCUACUUCCUAGAGAGCUGGUCGCAGGAAGGUCUGCUCCAAUCCUGCUCCCCGAGUCUGGAGCACCGUGGAAGCCCAUGUAUCCAGACCAAGUUGAGCCAUGCCCCCAGUGCUGCCAGUUACGGAGUCAAAGCACAGAAUAUUGGCCCUGGUCCCACCUCCUCCAACAACAGCAUCCUCUACCUGCCCUCAAUCUCAGUCGACAUGGAGAUGGAGGUGUGACUGACAUGAAGAUGGAGGCACUUUUAUGGCAACCAACCUGUUAGCAAAUCAAGGGGGAGUGAGAUGUGAAGGAGUGAGGGGACGACUGGAGGACACCGAAGAACACACUGACACUGAGAAGGCUUGAGAAAAAGCAAAGUAUAAUUGAGUAAAAUAGAAGUCUUCGCCGUCCGAAGGGUGAUCAUGAUGUUUAUGAGAGAUGAGACAUUGAAAUCUCUCAUGCAGAGAAUAACUCCACCCCCCCCCCAGACACAUGCAAAGAUAAUGAGCAGGUUCGUCUGUUUGUGUGUGUCUGUGCGUGUGUGUGUGUGUGUGUGUGUGUGUGUGUGUGUGUGUGUGUGUGUGUACAUGUGUAUCCGUUUUAAAGAGUCUUCCUCAGUCCAGCUAGAUAUCAGGGGCUCCUAAAGAGGAGCGUGUGUUUUAGAGUUAUGGCAGCUUCACACCAACAAAGGAGCUACACACACUCCUCUGUGUGUGGGUUUGUGUGUGUGUGUGUGUGUGUGUGUGUGUGUGUGUGUGUGUGUGUUUACUUGCCUACAAAUAUAAUAAGUAAUGGUUUGAAAUUAAUGCCACGGCAUUAACCAUUCAAAGCAUGUUUAUGCAGUGGGGACCAAACAUUUAUCACGUAAUCAGCGCUGUAUUUUACAUCUGUGUGUUUGAGUUCAUGACAGGGAGAGACAGUCAAUGCCCAUGGCAUGACAUUAAAACAAAACCCCAUUCGUGUUCUGUUUAGUCGGUGAAAAGUUUAUAAAAACAUUUAUCGAUGUACAGAAAAUUGAAACUCGUAUCCUUUCAAAGUAUUUCUUCUUGUUGCCUUUUUCGAGCGAGUGAACAGAUGAUCCAGUACAUCCAGGGGCUAAAAUCAUGUAAAUAGCAUCCUGUUAUCAUGAACAAUGGGAUAAACCGUGGGCUCCGAACACCGGUGAAGUAAAACACUAAAGUGUACACACUGGUGCUUUGAGAAAGGAACGUUCUUGACGUCACUGCACACUUCCUGCUGCUCUUUGACCUUUUAAUAUGAUGGAGAUAUGGAGUCUGGCACAAACACAAAUACAGAGGAAAAAGCUUUUGUCUUGAAUACCCACCUUACACAGACACUGAAGUUCCCUAGCUGUGCAUGUGAAAUCAGCAUGUAAAACAGUGGCUUAGCUGCACAUAAAGAAUGAAAUGUACUCUAUCAGCUGCAGGAAACUUAAGUGUCCACUGGGGAUAAUGAGCAGCUUUUUAUAAGUUUGAAAAUAGCUCACAUGGCUUGUACUUAUUUGUGGAAACAGUUGUGAUAUUUGUUCUAUUCAGAGUUUCUAAGUAGGCUAACACUCAGCUGGAUCUUGCUAGCGCUGGUGGCAAGGGGAUUUAGUCUUGGCACUUGUACAAGAAGGAGUGCUUGCACAGGAUAAAACCGGUAUUAGAUUCGAAAUGGUACAGUCAGGUGGUGGUUGCCGUCAUGCGUUCAGGGUAUACUGUAUAAAGGGCCUCUGAGAUACUUGGUUUGUGGUCCUAAAGUGUAUUUGAUCAGUUAGUAUCAUAUUUAUUUUAUAGCAUUUCAAUUUCUUAGUGAAAUGCUAUCGUAACUUUCUCCAAAUAUGCCUACGGAAUGAAGUUGGCUUCAAGCUUGCCGCUCUGCAUGUCCCUCUUCGCAUGCCACAGUUCUACCUUGUCUUGUUCUUUUUGCUAAGUGCAAUGUGACUCUAAUGCAUGACUAAUGCAAAAAAAACAGAACAAAAAGGGUGAAACGUGUAAUGGGUAUUAUUUAGAAACUAUUUUUUUAGUUGCACUGCAUGAAUGUAGAACAGUGGCCUUUUGUUCACUUUUACUGUGUUUUUUCAGUCUCGAACCUUUAUCGACAGCUUGUUUGCUUUUUUUUUUUUCUCCAUGCAUGGUGCUGUGAAGUGUUGGAGAAAGCUUAAGAGUUUUGUAGCAUUGCUGCCUUUUUUGGCUCUUGAGGUGACUGCCUUCUAUCCAGGGGUUGUUGGUUUGGGUGUAUUCCUUUGUGCCAACACAUUUUGUUAACAACAUAUCAAUUCCAGUGUUCUAUUGUAGCACAAUUUUGUGAUAUUGUGUAUGAUUCUACUUUUUAAACUAAUCUAGAGUUUUAUAUGCACUGUAUCCAUUAAGGGUACAGUUUUGGCUUCCUGUAAAUCUUUGGGGUUAGAUGUUUCAAUGUUGGGUGUGUUCUCCUGGGUUUUGGGGAAUUAUAUUUUCAUGAAUCUACAUUAGCCCUGGGUGAUACAUUCUUUCCUAAUUAAAGACAAAGUUCUCAAAGCUUGUAAUUGGACACAUAAUUACACUUUGAGCAUUGUUGCACUUCUUAUGAUCAACAUUUGUUCACUCCAAAAAAUGGAUAUAUUAUCAGAAUUUAAAAAACUUACAUAACAUUUUAUCUUUCUACAUGACAAAUAUAUAUAUGAAAAUCAUUAUAGAAAAGCCAAACUCAUUUUAUCUCUAAAAAUGCCUAGAUCAGAGUUUAUGAUCAAACAAAUGUAGCCACAUAAAAAUCUAUUUUCUAUAUACAAAACAGUGGCCUGAUAUGUUGUCAUUCUAAAUAUUAGAACUUUAAUAACGCAUAAAAUGUUCACAGUAAAUCCGCUCGAUUUUCAUGUUAAUUAGAUAUUUUCAUAUAUGAUACGGGUUUAAAAAAAAAGAAGAAAAAAAAAGACGUAUGGAAUCUACUGCAGAGUAAACUGAAAGUAUUUUACUUAUAACCUUAAAUCUAUGUGCUAUUUUUGGGGUUGCAAUGUCCUGAUUGCAAUGUUGAUAUAUGUGAAUGUAAAUUUCAUAUUGAGAUCUUUUAUACUUGUGUUUGCACUGUUCUGAAAUAAAAUGACAAUAAGAGAAAGAUACAAAGCCCGA